AUGGCACCCCUCACAAUUAACGUGUCCGGCGAGUCGAUCAUCAGUCGACAUCCAGAGCGCGCCGUGCUCCACCUCGCCGUUAAAUCCGAUGGCCCAGAGCAAGAGACUGUGUCCAAGGAUGUGACCACGACAUCCAAUGAUCUCCACCAGCUUUUUAAAGGACUGUCCCCGAAGAACGACAAUGGCUAUUCCGACGUCGAUGCAGCCGUGACAACCUUCUCGUCCACGCUUCUCCGCACAUGGUCCAUUGUUCCCACGGAUGACAAGAACAAGCCUCUGAACCGAGUGCAUUACGCCACAUCUUCUUUUGAAGUCAUUUUCCGCGAUUUCAACAAAUUAAGCGAGAUAGCCGGCAUGCUGGUCGCGCACCCGAAAGUUGAGAUUAACUCCAUUGAUUGGCGUCUGACCGAUGCCACUAAGACGGCACUUGGCAGCGAGUCGCGCAGGUUGGCCAUCCGUGAUGCCGUCCACAAGGCAAACGAUUACGCAGAGGUGAUCGGGCAGGAGGUUGUGGCCGUGGAAAUCAACGACGGAGGAUCCACGUCGCAUGUCAGAGCCAGGUAUAUGCUGGCUGCCGCCCCUGUCUCCAGAGCCCGCGUUUUUACCAGUGCCUCUCCCGACAUGCCUGAAAAGGACACCGCCCUCGACUUGAACCCUCAGCAAAUCGAGUUCACGGGCUCGGUGCAUGUCAAGUUUGAAUCGGUUUCGGAGAAGUGA